GGUUGCAGGACUGCAGUUUGACAGAGAUCAGCUGUAAAGCUCUAGGUUCAGCUCUGAAGUUUAACCCAUCCCAUCUGACAGAACUGGACUUGAGCUGGAACAAGCUGCAGGAUUCAGUAUGUAGUCAUCUGUGUGGUUUUCUGGAGAGUUCAGACUGCAAACUGCAGACUCUGAGGUUGAUGAGCUGCAGUUUGACAAAGACCAGCUGUGAAGCGCUUGGCACAGCUCUGAAGAACAACCCGUCCAAACUGACAGAACUGGACCUGAGUGGGAACAACAACCUUCAGGAUUCAGGAUUUAUUCAUCUGGGUGAUUUUCUAAAGAGUCCAGGCUGCAGACUCCAGACUCUGAGGCUGGAGAACUGCGGUUUGUCAGAAAAAUGCUGUGAAGUUCUGGGCUCAGCUCUGAAGAUCAACCCAACUAAUCUAACAGAACUGGACCUGAGCCACAACAAGAACAUUCAGGAUGUUGGAGUCUUAUAUCUGCACAGUUUCUUUAAGAAUCUAGGCUGGAGACUUCAGACUCUGAGAUUGAAUGACUGCAGUUUGUCAAGUAUGAGCUGUACUACUUUGGUCUCAGCUCUGAAGUCCAACCCGUCCUACCUGGCAGAACUGGACCUGAAAAGCAAUGACCUGCAGGAUUCAGAUGUUCGGGAGCUCCAGGAUCUGGUGAAGAAUCCAAAAUUCAAUCUGCAGACUCUGAGGUGGAAGGACUAAAUUAUCUGCUCCUCCUGAUGGUCUGCAGAGAUGUUCUGUCUGGAGAGUGAAAGAGGAAUCAAAGAAAGUGGAGAUGAGUUCCAGAGCUCAACUGUGUCUCUCAGAAUCAAGUUUACAGUUGUUGAGCUACAGCCCCCCUGCUGGACUGAUGGAAACCUGCACUUCAUCUUCUCAUUGUAACUUAGGGUGUUGGGCAGUCUUCUGCUUAUGUAGAAUUGUGUAAAUCAAAAUUGUAUUCUUCUUUUUCAUGUUGAAUCUUUACCAGACCUUUAUAUCCACACAAAUUAGACUAAGAUUUCCUGAUAAAAAGUUGCUGCCCUCCUAGAGCCGACAGGACAUUUUCUCCAGAAACUCCAAAAUCUGGAAUAGGGCUGCAGUUUAACUGAGAGGUGAAGAGUUCAAUGAUCAUUUUGAUCAUACUGUUUAUUUUUAGCAACAAACAAACAUUUAACUUUUUUGUUGGUUUAUUGUUUUGUUUUAUAUUGAGCUUUUUUUUGUCUAAUUUUUAAAAAUCUAUUUGAAUUAUUUUUUGUUUCAUCAUGUCCCAUUAAGAAUGCUUUCCUUGGCUUUUUAAAAACUGGUAUGAAGACUUUUCAUUAUUGUGAUGCUCAAAUUCUUAGAUGAUUCAGUGUAAAAGUGCUGAGCAAAAAGAGGAGGUGGAUUUUUUUCUGUUGUUUGUGCAGAAACAUGUGUUCCAGGAUCUUAUUAGUUGGAGAUAGUUGUAACCAGAUAGUUAAAAAUGUAAUAUAUCACUCAUUAUGAACUCUGACAAAAAUGUCAACUAUAAUGUAGUUCUUUGCUUAUUGAAAGUUUAUUUUUCAUUAUUCCAUAGUCAUACACAUUGUUCUUUUGUACACCUUGGGGGAAUGGGAUUUUUUUUUAUAUCUACUUUUUAAUAUUAUCACCUUAUAUUAAUAAUUACAUUUAAUGAGUUUUUGACAAGAUUAUCAACAUCGGGUGACCCAUUGAUUAAAUAGAAGAUUUAUGUUUUAUACCAAUGUGUGUGUAUGUGGGUCAGGGAAAGACACAGUCAGGCGUUAGAUUCUGUUACUGUCUCUGUAACUGGGAAAAACAUUUGAACCAGAACUCUGGAUUGCAAAAUUAUGAUAAUAAAAUAAAUAAUUUUUAGAUUUUAUUUCUGUUUUCCAGAAAAUCUCAUUGUCAAACGAACAUGCAGCUUUAAAUUCAGAAAACUGCUAUAUGGUCACAUGACCAUGUUCAUUGCAUGGACAUGGACAAAUUGUGCGAUUAUGUAAUUCACUGGUUUGUAUUUAUUAAUUCUCAAAAAGUUUUUUUUUUUUUUUUUACUUUUUCAUAUAGAUAAGGGGUAAAGAGAUACAGACUGAACAAAGCGCUGAGAACUUGGCAUAUAACCCAUCCCUAAUUUCCACUCCAAUUACUGGGACUCUUUGUCCGGUCGGACUGGAAGUUUUUACCAGAAGUGGAACGGGCUCUCGAAAAGGUCUAAGAAGUGUGCCACAGUGCUAUUUUUUAAUGAAGAAAGUGUGUUUAUAACAAAAAAAGCAUCGUUUUAUUUUAUCUUUUAACAAUAAUCUGACAUCAGUAUUGUCAUAUGUAGCGUGAAAGGGGUCAAAUUCAAUGAAGAAUUUGACUUUGUCUCAUAAAGGGGCACCACCUUCCUUAAGGAAGGAAAAAUUACUCAAUGAUAAAAGUUGAUCAAUUUCAGCUUUAAAAUUGAUUAAAGAGCAGUGCUUUAAGUGGGCCGGUGCGCUCCGGUGCUGAGCACCGGGACUUCUUUAAAUCUCACAUCGGAGCACCGGCACUUCUCACCUAGCUAGGACCGUCCGGGGCUCUGAUUAGAUCAAUUUAGACUUGUAUAUGCAGAGGAAUCACGAAGAACGCGCAAGACAUACUACACAUGAGAGAUGAUACAGUGCAUAAUUUCUUUUGUACUGCUCAGAGCGCCAUUCCAACAGAACAACACAAGCUCCUGAUUAUCCUUCCCCUCUCUCUCACCUAUGGUGCAAAAAGAAGUAAACACAUCCAGAUAAAAUAAUAAAGAGAAAAACAGAGUAACACAACCAGACAACAACUCACGUAUACAAAAACCCAUAUUUAAAAUCGAAUUUACCUAGAAAAACAAAAGUGAAGGUAUCCCACAAUUCAUUGCGCUUGGCAGAUAGCAAGCUGAAUUUGUACGUCAACGUCAGUGGGCAUCUCUGCACCAUUUUAUCACCGGACAGAGGGAGUAACAUCCCCGUAUAAAUGCAUUAGCUCCGGCGCCAAAUGAAAGACCGAGUUUGUCUGAGUCGCGUUUUUAGGGCAGCUACAGUCGACAACCAUGAGUAAGCUUAUUGGAUGUUCACAUCCCCCCUUCCACUGAAAGCACCUCGGGAGAAGAUGUCAAUCAAAUUCUCAAGGUGGGGACCAGCGGGCACCACACGCUGUCAUUUGACGCGUCUGAUUGGUCAGUUUUUAACUUGACUAACUUACGGUAAGGACAAAAAAUAUCCUGGAAAAAAA